AACGGCGGAGGCGGCCCGCGCGGGGCCGGGGGUGCGGCCGCUCGCAGCAUGGAGAUAAUCAGAAGCAAUUUUAAGAGUAAUCUUCACAAAGUGUACCAGGCCAUAGAGGAGGCGGACUUCUUCGCCAUCGAUGGGGAGUUUUCAGGUAUCAGUGAUGGCCCUUCAGUUACCACAUUAACAAAUGGUUUUGACACUCCAGAAGAAAGAUAUCAGAAGCUUAAAAAGCAUUCCAUGGACUUUUUGCUGUUUCAGUUUGGCCUUUGCACUUUUAAAUAUGACUACACAGAUUCAAAGUAUAUAACAAAGUCAUUUAACUUCUACGUUUUCCCGAAACCCUUCAAUAGAUCCUCACCAGAUGUCAAAUUCGUUUGUCAGAGCUCCAGCAUCGACUUUCUAGCAAGCCAAGGAUUUGAUUUUAAUAAAGUUUUUCACAAUGGGAUUCCCUAUUUAAACCAGGAGGAGGAAAGACAGCUAAGAGAGCAAUACGAUGAGAAGCGCUCACAGUCCAGCGGGCCAGGGGCCCUGUCCUACGUCUCUCCCAACACCUCCAAGUGCCCCGUGACGAUUCCUGAAGACCAGAAGAAGUUCAUUGACCAAGUGGUAGAGAAAAUAGAAGAUUUAUUACAAAGUGAAGAAAAUCAGAACUUGGACUUAGAGCCGUGUACUGGGUUCCAAAGAAAACUAAUUUAUCAGACUUUGAGUUGGAAGUAUCCCAAAGGCAUUCAUGUUGAGACUUUAGAAACUGAAAAGAAAGAGCGGUACAUAGUUAUCAGCAAAGUGGAUGAAGAAGAGCGCAAGCGAAGAGAACAGCAGAAACAAGCUAAAGAACAGGAGGAACUGAAUGAUGCUGUGGGAUUUUCUAGAGUCAUUCAUGCCAUUGCUAAUUCGGGAAAACUCGUGAUCGGACACAAUAUGCUCUUGGAUGUCAUGCACACAGUUCAUCAGUUCUACUGCCCCCUACCUGCGGACUUAAAUGAGUUUAAGGAGAUGACAACUUGUGUUUUCCCCAGACUCUUGGAUACUAAAUUGAUGGCCAGCACACAACCUUUUAAGGAUAUCAUUAACAACACAUCCCUUGCUGAACUGGAAAAGCGGUUAAAAGACACACCUUUCAACCCUCCUCAAGUUGAAAGUGCAGAAGGUUUUCCAAGUUACAACACAGCUUCUGAACAGCUCCACGAGGCAGGCUACGACGCUUACAUCACAGGACUGUGUUUCAUCUCCAUGGCAAACUACCUAGGUUCUUUUCUUAGUCCUCCAAAAAUUCACGUGUCUGCCAGAUCAAAACUCAUUGAACCUUUUUUUAACAAGUUAUUUCUUAUGAGAGUCAUGGAUAUCCCCUAUCUAAACUUGGAAGGCCCAGACUUGCAACCUAAACGUGACCAUGUUCUCCAUGUGACAUUCCCUAAAGAAUGGAAAACCAGUGACCUUUACAAGCUUUUCAGUGCCUUUGGUAACAUUCAGAUAUCCUGGAUUGAUGACACAUCAGCAUUUGUCUCCCUCAGCCAGCCUGAACAAGUACAAAUUGCUGUCAACACGAGCAAAUACGCAGAAAGCUAUCGGAUCCAGACCUAUGCUGAUUAUGUGGGGAAAAAGCAGGAGGAGAAACAGGUCAAAAGGAAGUGGACAGAAGAUGGCUGGAGGGAGGUGGAGCGGAAGCGCCUGAACACCCAGUGCAUACCCUACGCCCUGCGGAACCACUGCUACCGCGCCGCCAGUCUCACAGCUACCAGCACAGGAGGGAAGAGAAACCUGAGUCUCAGUGAAGCAGAAGCUGGCUUGGAGGCCAUGGUGUCGGGGGAUAUUUCUGACACUGAGCUUGAGCAGACAGAUUCCUGUGCAGAGCCCCUCUCAGAGGGAAGGAAGAAGGCCAAGAAGUUAAAAAGAAUGAAGAAGGACCUUUCCCCAGCAGGAAGCAUCUCAGACGGUUCUGCCAACCUCUUUGAAGUUCCCGACACGUGGUAACCGAGGCCCAAGGGAGCCGUCGCUGGCGCUGAGCGGAACCGCGCACACUAGGAAGCCAUACCGUAUUUCACUGGAUAGAAUGUGGCCUGGGAGGGGUUUGCAACCAUGUCUCCUGGGGGGACAAAACCAGUUUUUAUUUUUGUGGCUGCAUUUCUUUUUCUCCUUUUUAUAUCAACUGUCUGCUGCCAGCACGGCUGCAGGCUGUGGUGACCGUGCCCACCAUUAGCCAGUCCAUUGUCUGUUGCUCAUCUGACACUUUUGUCAUAAACUGUUGUCUUCAAGAGUCCACCCGGGGGAAGGUCAGCUGCGAGCUGGGCAGAGAGAGGCAGUGCUGUGGGUGCUGUGACCACAGGUUUCGGGGGACUGUGCUGCCUCCCUCGGGGGCCCUCAUUCUACUCCUGCUGACUUGAGGGCCGUCUUGGGCGGUGGCCAUAGCCUCCUGCCUCCCCUCAGAGCUGCCUGAAAACAUUAAGUUCUCCAGCUUGUUUUACCAGCAGGAACGUGUCUACUUGUCCACCCCGAAGGAACCGAACGCUGCCUGCCUUUGGGACUCGCUUACUCCCCCAUCUUGUUUCCUGCCAUGAGCUGCUCAUGGGGGAUUGUCCGUGCAAAGCCCGACUAUUUCCACGCGCUGCGCUCGCGCUCCACGCCGGCCUGGCCGCCUCUGCAUCUGGGGCAGUGAGGUCCGACAGCCCCACAUGGGCGGCCUCCUCUGUGAGGCCAUCGCAGCAGCGGUGGGACCUGUGGAUCCACUCACUAGAUCCGCUUCAUAGAGAUCAUUGUUAGAUAUUUAACGUUUUUGUAUCAUGGAACUAAAAAAAAAAACUGUAUUUCCAAAAGAUGAAA